UCUUCUCGUCCAUCCCCAGUGUCCCCACAAGUGUUCGGACAUUCAAUCAACCAGUCUAUUGCCUCUUCUGCAAAUCCCGAUCCCACAAUUAUGUCGGUCUCUAACAGCAACGUGGGAUCCACGACGUUCAAGUUCGUAGCGUCCGAUGGAGGUGCUCCUCAGAAACGGCGGCAGGUUGCGCAGGCGUGUGAAUCCUGUCGGAAGCGCAAGAAGCGUUGUCAUCAUACAGAAGCAGACGCGCGUUCUUCUACAGUAUCGAACCAUACCCACCAAAGUCCUGUAUCUACGUCCCCGAGCACACAGGCGGUUCCGACUGACCCCCAGCUUUCAAGGAGUAGCGGAGUCGAAGGGGAGCAAUUUCAUACGGAGACAUCCCCAACCACUUCAAUUCCAGUGGAAAGGAUUAGCCAGGGUACAGAAUCCAUUGGAACUGCCGGAGGAAGCAAUGAGAUCCAAGCAGAUGCCCCAGAAUCAACUACGAUUUCGCAGAACCAGGAGGGCCGAAGCUCCCGUUUCAUAGGAGACCUUAACCCGGAAGGAAUCUUCUUGGCAGCUACCUCUCCUAAUGCCACGCGAGGCGUAUCAAAUGAUAGCAUUGGAAUAUGGCUCUCUUCAGCACUGAGCAGAAGACCCUCUCAAAGCGCGUCUUUAUCAUCACUGGCUCCAUCAAACUUGUUCUAUGGAUCAGGCUCAUUAGUCCAGAAUGUUCUUGUACCGAUGCUUGAGCAGGAGUGUAGAUCAACCGUACCUCCACCGGAAAAGGUUGAAGCCUUGUCAAAGAUAUACUUUGAGAAAGUCCACCCGAUAUUUCCUGUAAUCGACGUAGAAGCCCAUCACAAUCUUAGUCCCACGGAUCCUGGCCAUGUUCUACUCCAACAAGGAAUCUGCUUAGCAGCUUCCAAGAAUUUCGCGGCCAGGCCACAUCUCAUCAUCGCACCUUCGUCCCCACCCUUGAGCUGCAGAGAAUUUGGAGAAACGCUCACCGGUGCUAUGAGAAUCUCCAUUGAGAUGGGUCUUGUCUCUGACAAGCUUAUCAUUAUACAAGCGUUGGCCUUGAUGUCUCAGUUCAGUGAUAAUCCUGUCAGCGAGGAUAUAUCAUCACAGCUCUGCGGGAGAGCCAUCCAGCAUGUUCAAUCACUUGGCCUCCACAUCAAUGGUCAACAAGAGGAGCACAGGGAUCGGUGCAGCACCACGCUGCUGUGUUGUAUCUGGGCUAUUGACCGAAUGAACGCAGCAUUUAAUGGUCGUCCAGUUUUAAUGCAUGAAAGAGAUCUGAGAAAAGACCUUGACCUGUGUUUUGAGAAACAAGAACCCUGCUUCCGCGUAUUUCUCAAGGUCAUAGAGCUGCUGGAUAAGGUCAUCGAUCUCUAUCGACCCCUUCCAACUUCAGGCGACCAACCUGGCCUAAACUGGGAGUUCCCAGCCUUCGAAUAUGUUGUCGUAAGAUGCGGCGGCUCUCAAGUCAGCACGUCGGCACUAGCCACAAUUGAAACACUUUACCAUGCUAUUGCAAUUCUCUCAUGCCGCUCGAAAAGCUGGGCGGACCCAGAACGCUCAUCGAUGUCAUACCUCCGCCAGAGCCUAUCGACCUCAAUUUUGAGCUCCACCGUCAUACGCGAACUAAGAGACCAACUCACCCUGUUUCCUUUCAUCCCUUAUGCCAUGUCCUUGUCCAUGAGCAUUGUUUACCGCGAAAUGCGGCAUAGCAGACUUCCUCUACAUCGAGCGCGAUCUCGAGCUCAAUUCCAAAUACUUUGUGACGCCCUAUCGGAACUGUCAGGAAUAUUUUGGUCGGCAUCGACAACAGCAGAUAUGGGAAAGAAGCUGUUGAAAGAAAUGGAUCGAGUGGUUUCGGCGGCAUCGGCUUCUGAGGCAAGAAGGCCACAACAAGGGACUAAUGAUGCCUUUAUCAUGGGAGGUGCGUUCGAUGCUCCAUCGAAUUUUGCAAGCCAGAAGUCAUUUGGAGAGAGUGGGAUGACUGGUAAUGACAAUAUCUCAAACGAUUUCGACGCAUCAAUGUUCGACUUCAUCGCGGACAUUGACCUGUUCGGCAUGUUCGAUCCAGCGUUCGACCUGGAUGGGUUUGAUGCUUGCUUGGAGAGCAACUUGAACCCAGCUUUUCCAAACCCCUUUUGAUGUUAUCACAAAGCCGAGAAGACCUUUUCUAAAGAAACAACGGACGCGAGGCUGAAUCAGCAGUAUCAAACACCUGCU